CAACGCGACUCAUAACUGACGUCACCCAUUCGCCGCCGCAAUUCCUCCAAUCUGCGAUCGCCGCCAUCGAUUCUGUCGCAGGAGGGAAACGACACCGCAGCCGCGUUUCUGUACCACGACUUGCCUCCCUCCCUGAUCCAUGGCGUUCGUGCUCCGCGUCGCCGCAUUCCACGGCGUGAGAUCCCACUCGCUCUUCACCAAUGCAGCCUUUUCUCUGUGCGAAAUCAAGAUAGCCGGUGCAGUCCGUUAUGGCAUAACUCGCUAUCCCGAUUCUAGGAGAAAUGGCAAUGCUGACGGCAGCAACAUUCCGACAAAACACGUCAGACGCGGCGUAGCGACUCGCAGCAGCCUCGCCUCGGGUUCCGCCGAGUGGAAUCUAUCAGAAGUCGAGGCGACGGGCGACAGUCCGUGGAGCGUCGCGGGUGACGAGGGAUCGCGAGAGUCGUUGUCGCAGUCGCCGCUGCUGCAGGCCGAAUCAAUUCUCUUCAUAGGCAAGGUCUGCCCUGCAAGGCGCAACGUCUAUUCUGAGGAGUUGGAAGCAGCAGGCAUUGCCACGUACCAGUGUGCACCCAACAGGGCCGCGGAGUUCCUCGCUGUGCUGGACGCCGUGCAGCCCACCAUUGCAGUCUUCGAUAGGUUCACGACAGAGGAGGCCUUUUCCUUCCGCCUGAGGGAGCGCUGCCCCGACUGCCUGCUCGUGCUCGACACGCAGGACCUGCACUUUCUAAGAGCAAACCGGCAGCGGGUGGUAUCUGAGGGCGGCUCCAUUGUGGACGCGCUACACCACGUACCCGAUACAAGCAGCAGGGAGCUGCUGCGCGAAUUGGCAGCCAUGCACCGAUGCGACCUCACUCUGCUGUGCUCAGAGGCGGAGCUCUCGCUGCUCACUCGCUGCUACGCCUUCCCGCCGCACAAGCUCGCACUCGCCUCGUUUUUCUACGACACAGACGCCACUUAUCCCUCCUCCACCGCCUCCUCCCCCCGCCACCACUUCACCACGGUGGGCACGUUCCGCCAUGCGCCCAACGUGGACGCCGUCUCGUGGCUCGCCACUCACAUCUGGCCCGCCAUCCGCGCGCAGCUGCCAAUGGCUGAGUGCCACGUGUACGGCUCCUACACCACAGCAGCAAUCUCCUCCCUUAAUGACCCCUCCUCUGGCUUCCUCAUUCGCGGCCAUGCCCCCUCCCUCCACGUCCUCGCCUCCUACCGAGUGCUGCUGGCGCCGCUGCGCUUCGGGGCGGGAAUCAAGGGCAAGAUCCUCGACAGCUGGUUGUACGGCACGCCGGUGGUUACCACGCCCAUUGGCGGAGAGGGCAUGGGCGGCAGGGGAGGAGGGGAGGGGGGGAAGGCGGAAGGGGAGGAGGUAAACGGGGAGGCAGGGGGAGUGGGAGGGUGGAGCGGAGGGCAGCAGUGGGGGGGGCUGUGCGGGGCGGAGGAUGCAGAGUCAUUCGUAGCAGAUGCGGUGCGGCUCUACUGCGACCAACAGCUGUGGGCCACGUGUCAAUCAGCGGGCCGCGCCAUCCUCCACCAGCAGUUUGGCAUGCCGCGCAAUGGACCAGCGCUCCUCGCCUCGCUGGCUGCUGCCAAGUCAAACAUGGGUGAUCAUAGAUUGCGUGACUACACAGCGGCCAUCUUGUGGCAUGACAGCAACAGGGCCACUGAGUAUUUCUCCCGGUGGAUUGAGCUCAAAGAGAGGGGCGGACGGCCGCCACUGUGAAUCAAUAGGCUGCUGGGGAGACUCUGGGUUUGAAGAAGCACAUGUGAGUGAAUGUGAAACCAGUUAGUGCUGCUAACUACUUGCACAUUUGCCCACGAAAUAUGGAUUUAUUCAGUUUCACCCAACGUUCAGACAUGUGGAGGGUCCGUUGCAAAUGCAUUGGGAGCGUGAUAUUUUCAGGCGUCCUUUUAUGUCAUGGCUACAAAUACAAGUCAAUCAAUUUA